AUGCCGCGCAUGGAAACGGUUCAGAAGGGCUCCGAGUCCGCCGCUAAAUUGAAUGGCGGCAGACAUGCCCAAGGAACACCUCGAGGGUUUGAUCCUCUUAUGAAUCUUGUGAUAGAUGAACGUGUCGAGAUGGCAGCAAGUGGGCCACAGAAUAAUGGAAUGGUGGCAAGGUGAGGAAAUAGUGAUGCCAUGCUAGAAGCCUUGGAAAAUGUCUUAGCGGCUGUAGACAUUUUCUGA